ACGCCACAGACGCUCUUGAGUCCUCCCCCACUGCGACGGGGAGAGAGGCCACCAGCCUGGUGCCGACCACGAUGGGGCUGGGCAUCUUCCCUUUGGACCCCAGUCGUUUGGUGGUGGGCGACGGCUCCCAGCUGAGGGCCGACCAGAACCACUCCCACGACGGCCAGGACCUCUUCUUGACCACUUCAGCAGCCCGGGUGAUCUCGAGUCUCUUUGUCUGGUCCGCUCUGCUGAUCACUUCCCACCAGAUCUUCUUGCACCUGAAGAACUACACCAUUCCCAACGAGCAGCGGUACAUCAUUCGGAUCCUCUUCAUUGUCCCCAUCUACGCCUUUGAUUCCUGGCUCAGCCUCUUGCUGAUCGGCAGCCACCAAUAUUACGUUUACUUCGACUCCGUGCGCGACUGCUAUGAAGCAUUUGUGAUCUACAGUUUCCUGAGCCUUUGCUUUGAGUACCUCGGGGGAGAGAGCACCAUCAUGGCCGAGAUCCGAGGGAAGCCCGUUGUGUCUAGCUGCAUCUAUGGGACGUGCUGUCUACAAGGGAUGUCCUAUUCGAUUGGGUUCCUUCGGUUCUGCAAGCAGGCGACGCUGCAGUUCUGCAUCGUAAAGCCCCUGAUGGCCGUUCUCACCAUCAUCCUGCAAGCUUUCGGGAAAUACCACGACGGCGACUUCAACAUCCAUAGCGGGUACCUCUACAUCACCAUCAUCUACAACUUCUCGGUUAGCCUGGCCCUCUAUGCGCUUUUCCUCUUCUACUUCGCCACCACAGAGCUGCUGCGCCCCUUCGAGCCGGUCCUCAAGUUCCUCACCAUCAAGGCGGUCAUCUUCCUCUCUUUUUGGCAAGGGAUGUUGCUGGCUAUCCUGGAGAAGUGCGGGGUGAUCCCAGAGGUCCAGAUCAUCGACGGGAAGCCGGUGGGGGCCGGGACGGUCUCCGCCGGCUACCAGAACUUCAUCAUCUGCAUCGAGAUGUUGUUUGCCUCCAUCGCCCUCCGGUACGCGUUCACCUGCCAGGUGUACAGGGAGAAGAAGGAGAACUCGACAGCUAACCUGGCUCCGAUGCAGAGCAUCUCCAGCGGCCUGAAGGAGACCAUGAGCCCCCAAGAUAUUGUCCAAGACGCCAUCCACAACUUCUCCCCGGCCUACCAGCAUUACACCCAGCAAUCCAUGAAGGAAACGGAGACCGGGGAGGCCGCGCAGAACGGGAGCGCGGAGCCCAAAGCGGAAGGACCGCCCAGCAAGAAGAGCAAAAACAUUGAGAAGAGGAUGCUGAUAUUCUCAGAUGACGAACUGUAAGAUAGCCCCCCCCCCCAAGGGAAGUGGUUCCGGGUGAGCCCCCACCCGUCUCCCUCCAUAAUUGGACCUCCUCAAAUGA